AUGCUGUCCCGAAAGAAAACCAAAAACGAAGUGUCCAAGCCGGCCGAGGUGCAGGGGAAGUACGUGAAGAAGGAGACGUCGCCUCUGCUGCGGAAUCUUAUGCCUUCUUUUAUCCGGCACGGUCCAACAAUUCCAAGACGAACUGAUAUCUGUCUUCCAGAUUCAAGCGCUAAUGCCUUUUCAGCUUCUGGAGAUGGAGUAGUUUCAAGAAACCAUAGUUUCCUUAGAACUCCAAUUCAAAGAACACCUCAUGAAAUGAUGAGAAGAGAAAGCAACAGAUUAUCUGCACCUUCUUACCUUGCCAGAAGUCUAGCAGAUGUCCCUAGGGAAUAUGGCUCUUCUCAGUCAUUUUUAACAGAAGUUAACUUUCCUCCCGAAAAUGGAGACUCUGGUUCCCGAUAUUAUUAUUCAGAUAAUUAUUUUGAUGGUCAGAGGAGGCGCCCACUUGGAGAUCGUGCACAUGAAGACUAUAGGUAUUAUGAAUAUAACCAUGAUCUCUUCCAAAGAAUGCCACAGAAUCAGGGGAGGCAUGCUUCAGGUAUUGGGAGAGUUGCUGCUACAUCAUUAGGAAAUUUAGCUAACCAUGGUUCUGAAGAUUUACCCCUUCCUCCUGGCUGGUCUGUGGACUGGACAAUGAGAGGGAGGAAAUAUUACAUAGAUCACAACACAAAUACAACUCAUUGGAGCCAUCCUCUUGAGCGAGAAGGACUUCCUCCAGGAUGGGAACGUGUUGAGUCUUCAGAAUUUGGAACCUAUUAUGUAGAUCACACGAAUAAAAAGGCUCAAUAUAGGCAUCCUUGUGCUCCAAGUGUGCCUCGGUAUGAUCAACCUCCUCCUGUUACAUACCAGCCACAGCAAGCCGAGAGAAAUCAGUCCCUUCUGGUACCUGCAAAUCCUUAUCAUACUGCAGAAAUUCCUGACUGGCUUCAGGUUUAUGCUCGAGCCCCUGUGAAAUAUGACCACAUUCUGAAGUGGGAACUCUUUCAGCUGGCUGACCUGGACACAUACCAGGGAAUGCUAAAGUUGCUUUUCAUGAAAGAACUGGAACAGAUUGUUAAAAUGUAUGAAGCCUACAGACAGGCUCUUCUCACGGAGUUGGAAAAUCGUAAGCAGAGACAGCAGUGGUAUGCCCAGCAACAUGGCAAGAAUUUUUAA